CUAAAAACAAGGUUACGUAAUAUUUAUUCUCUCUAGAACAAACCAGAAAAGGAAGGAAAACAAAAGAAGAAGAAGAAGAAAAGCUGGAGUCUAUACUUAGAAGCAAUCUUCAGACAAUAUUGCUAAUUCAUAGUUGAUUUUAGCUUCGAAGAACUGUAAAAUCUUCCAUGGGUAAGGAAGACUGUUGCUCAACGCAACUAAUAGAUGCUAAUGGAGAAUUCAACUUCAAAGGUCUACAGAAUUUCGUUAGCUCUGUCAAACUUUCUCGCUGUGGUCUCUCUUAUGCUGUUGUUGCUAUUAUGGGACCCCAGAGUAGUGGGAAAAGUACCUUAUUAAACCAUUUAUUCUAUACUAAUUUUAGGGAGAUGGAUGCUUUUAGAGGAAGGAAUCAAACAACCAAGGGAAUUUGGAUUGCAAAUGCUGUCGGCAUUGAGCCAUUGACCAUUGUCAUGGAUUUGGAGGGUACUGAUGGAAGAGAGAGGGGUGAGGAUGAUACAACAUUUGAGAAACAAAGUGCCUUGUUUGCUUUGGCUGUUGCAGAUGUUGUGCUAAUAAACAUGUGGUGCCAUGAUAUUGGUAGGGAGCAGGCUGCCAAUAGGCCUCUUCUCAAAACAGUAUUUCAGGUCAUGAUGCGUUUGUUUAGUCCCCGCAAAACUACCCUUCUUUUUGUUAUACGUGAUAAAACAAAGACUCCGCUAGAAUAUCUGGAGCCUAUUCUGAGGGAAGAUAUCCAGAAGAUAUGGGAUGCAGUUCGAAAGCCACAUGCACACAAGGACACCCAACUCAGUGAAUUUUUCAAUGUAGAAGUCACUGCUCUACCCAGUUAUGAGGAGAAGGAAGAGCAGUUUAAAGAUCAGGUUGCUCAACUUAGGCAGCUUUUUUUCCACUCCAUCUCUCCAGGAGGCUUGGCUGGCGAUAGGCGGGGUGUUGUUCCAGCCUCUGGUUUUUCUUACAGUGUACAGCAAAUAUGGGAAGUCAUCAAAGAAAACAAGGAUCUCGACUUGCCUGCUCACAAGGUCAUGGUGGCCACUGUGCGUUGUGAAGAAAUUGCAAAUGAGAAGUUCAGUAGUUUGAUGAUAAAUGAGGACUGGCUAGCACUUGAGCAUGAAGUGAAAGAGGAUGCAGUUCGAAAUUUUGGAAGACGACUAAGCUCCAUCUUAGAUAACUUUCUGUCAGAAUAUGAUGCGGAAUCCGUCUUUUUUGAAGAAAACGUGAGAAGUUCAAAACGUCAACAAUUUAUGUCGAAAGCUUUGCAGUUGGUCCAUCCGGCUUUUGUUUCGCAGUUGGGGCAUCUACGUGUUAAAUCACUUCAAACAUUUAAGAGUCAGCUGGAACAAUUAUUACGUAGAGGAGAAGCAUUUGCGGCAUCUGUUCGUACAUGCUCUGAGUCUUGUAUCACUGAAUUUGAUAAGGGAUGUUCAGAUGCUGCCAUAAGACAUGCUAAUUGGGAUGCUUCAAAAUUUCGUGACAAACUCAUUCGUGAUAUUGAGGCCCAUGUGUCCUCUGUUCGUAAUGAUAAGUUAUCAGAACUGAAGGCCAUUUAUGAGAAACAAAUCACAACUGCACUUGCUGAACCUGUACAAUCCCUUUUUGAUGUUGGUGGGAGUGAAACAUGGGCCUCAAUAAGAAAGCUUCUAAAACGCGAGACAGAUGUGGCUAUAUCAUGCUUCUGCCCAGCUCUUUCCGGCUUUGAAUUGGACCAGGACGCAUUUGACAGAAUGAUGCAAAGUCUGAAAGACUACGCUAGAAGUGUUGUGGAGAAAAUAGCAAGAGAAGAGGCUGGAAAAGUUUUGAUGCAAAUGAAGGAUAGGUUUAAUACUGUGUUCAGCCAUGAUAGCGAUUCAAUCCCAAGGCUUUGGACAGGGAAGGAGGACAUUAAAUCAAUAACAUUGGAGGCCCGCUCUGAGUCUCUGAAGUUUUUGUCUAUAGUAGCUGCCAUACGGUUGGAUGAAAAAUCAGACAGAAUAGAAAGCAUACUUUUCUCCAGACUCUUGGAAGGGAAGAUUUCAAUUUCUUCUCGGAAUAGUGAUAUUGCAGAUUCUUGUGACCCCCUUGCCUCAAGCUCAUGGGAAGAGGUUUCACCAGAGAACACAUUGCUCACACCAGUGCAGUGUUUAUCUUUGUGGAGACAAUUCAUGGCAGAAACAGAGUAUAUUGUUAGUCAAGCUAUUUCAGCACAGUACUCGAUUGACUGGAAAAAAGUAUCAGUCCUGUUCUUAUCUCAGAGAUACUCUGAGUUAUUCUUCAAGCUUUGGAUCUUCUGUCCCAUACUUUCAGUGCGAUCUAGUGUCCAUGCAUAUUUCAAUGACAUGACAGGUUGAUUGAAUCAAAUUGUUUUUGAUUUGACUAGUGGAGCAGCGGUUUCAACUGUCUUUUGACCCCCUUCCCCUUUUCCCUUUCUUCUAAAAUGCUAAAAUAUAUUAUACUCUUUACGCUCCCCAUUGAUAGUUGCUUCCUGCCAAAUACAAAGACUAAAACAGCUAGAGCAGAUUUCUAACCUUGCUCUCACUCUUGCUGUUAUCUGCUUUGCUGAAACAAAAGUACCUAAUGCUUCAGUGGCAGACCUAGAAUUGUCAUCGAGGGGGUUCUACAUAUAAAGGAGACGAACCAAAAAGUCGAUAAACUAAAUAUUAUUAAAUACUUUAUAAUUAUAUUUAAUCAUUAAUUAAUUUUUUAAAAUAAAUAAUAAAAUUAUGUUAUUUAAUCAAAAUAACAAGGCCAAUCACAAGAAGGGACACUGUUAUGGAAGUAAUGAAACUUUGAAUUUAAACUUGUCAAAGGCAGAAGUGUUUGAAAACUGGGAAUUACUUUUAGCUUUUUUAGAUUUGUUUAAAGAAAAAACCUAAAAGUAGUUUUGUUGGUUAUUAUAAUAGAUAAGGCAACCAAAAGGAUUGAAAAAUUUAUUAAGCAUAGAAGCGCUUUAAAUUGCCAACUUGAGAACACAAUUUGCAUAACAAAAAUUCAAAAAGCUAAAUAAUCUCAACAACUAAAACAACCUAGUGGAAAUUUUAAAUUCAAAUUCAUCCUAGACCUAGGCAACUUAUUAUGCUAAAAGUUACUGGGGUAAGUGAAAACAAAUUCUAAUACUUCUCCUUUGCUUUAGUUGCUGCAAUUUAAAAAAUGUUCUUCCUGACUCUCUGCUUUGGCAGUUGGUACUCAAUUCUUUUGAUUGUUUUCAAACUUGCAAAAUUUCUUCUUAUUUCUUUGUCUUCUUGGUUUGUGUUAGAAAAACUUUUCUCAAUAAUCUUGUGUUGUUUGAGAUCUCUUUUGAAAGUGUUUUUUCGUGUACAAUGAUGAGAUUUUCAGGACCAAAGACAAUUGAUGGCUCAAGGGGGGGGGGGGGUCAAAAUUUAAUUUAUACUUGUGUUUUUCUCAAAUACAAACCAAAAUAUACCGGUAAUUUUUUAUGAAGCGGGUUCAUAUGAACCCUCUUGAUACUAUGUAGGUCUGCGUAGGUCUGCCCCUACUAAUGCCGACAGUCUGGUACAGAGUACCACCCAUAAGUUCUCGGAUGAUGUUUUUCAGAGGAGCAUUGAUUUCAUCGAACGGAUGGACUUCCCUUCCCAUUUAACAAAAGUUAGCUUUUGCAAUACGGUGUGGCUGACAAAACAACGUCAGCAGCAAAGAGGAUCAAAUAUAAACAGGUUCAGAUUCUUAUUCUUUUCCGGGAGGUUGGAAGCGGAGUAGAAAGCAAGUAAAAUAGAGGUGUCAAUGUGAGUGAGACUCUAGAUGAUAUGCAAAUAAUGGAACCCAACACCCUUAGCCUCGUUUUCCAGCUCAGCAGUCUCCUUUGGAUCUUCCAUUGGAAUCUUUUAAUUUUACCCUGUGGAUUAAUACCAUGCGUACAUUAAUCACUCUGAAUACCACUGGAAAUGAAAUGCUAAUGUCAUUUCUUUUUUUGCAAUACAAAUUAAAAAGAGAAUCAAUGAAUAUCCCCACUUUAUGGGUUACCUUAAGAGGAUCCAUCAAAGCAUUUUUUCUUUUGCAGGGAAAAGCCUCAUUCGGUGAGCGAUUGAGCACUGUGAUUGCUUGACUAAUUAAAAGGCUUGUCCGGUUUUGUCAAUGUGCAUAAAAUGUUGCAUGCUGCUUGAUUGAUGUAUUUCUUGUGUUUUAGUUGAAGAUAUUAAUUUAGGUGGUUCCUACGGAUUCUUUUUCCUGAUUUCCGUAUGCUUUUUCUUGUAAUGCAUUGUCUAGAUUAUAGGGAUCCUUUUUCCUGUUUGCCCUAUGCACUUUCUGCUAGUUAUUCCAUUGCUCAAUUGCAAAUACAGGACUUCUGCAUAUCCUAUAUUGUAUAAUUCAUGCAUGAUUACUUUUUCGGUGCACCUUUAAUUCUUUUCAUGUGAUACUUGUCACACUAAAUAUGUGUCUUUCUUAUUGUUCUUAUUCUUUUAAGAAGUGUAAUACAUAACACAGUUUUACUGCUUCUCAAUUAUCUCUGUGUUCACCUAUUGAGGUCUGAGGACUAUGAUCUGCAAUCACUUUCAAGUACUGGGACCGUUUUGAUGCAUGAAA